UUGUCGCUCAAAGAACACAAUACUGUUUAUUUUUUGCUUCAGCGGGUUUUCUGCCAAUUUGCCGUUUAUAUUGGAAUUCGAUUGCGUGAAGGCGCUAGGGUGGCAAUUUAGUGAAUGAUUGUGCAAGACAGAGGCGAGAAAAGUUAAUAAAAUCACUAAUUACAAUAAAUUCAUAAAUUUAUGAAACAAUGUUAUGCAAACUUAGCGGAGAAGAGUGAAAAAUUAUAAGAAAAAAGAAAUAUUAAACAAUAACAAUAGCAAAGUGUGUGAAAUUUGUACGGAGAAACACAAAAAGGCAUAGUAAAAACAAGUAACGGUGCAGUGCUUGCAUGCAUAAACACGCAUAAACAAGCACAGGUGACAGACAAACAAAAACGAGUGCAAAUCAUUUUAUAUGAAAAGUGCAUCAAAUUGUAGAAGACUUGGCAGCGCCAAUUAGUAAACUUCAGGCGAGUCUUAAAAAAAGUAUUUUGUUAAAAAAAAAAAAAAAAAAAAAAAAAAAAACAAGUUAUAAAGUUAAUAAUAAUUUUACAAAACAUCGCGAAAAAUAUAUAAUUUAAUUUAACAAAGAAAUCUCAUACCCAGUGCAAAUUACAACUACAACAGUAACAAUAAAAAAACCAACGAGCGCCAACAACUUUGACAACGGCAGUUUUGUCUGCGUCGGUGGCUGUGAUGUCAGCGUUAGCGCAGCUGCAUGGUUUUCAUAAGUGCUGCGGAGCAUUUUUAACGGUACAUCGUCAACUUAUUUCUCAUUUUUCUUGAAAAUACACGAUCAACAGGCGCUGGACCUUAAAAUAAGAACGCUGUACGUUACUGUACGACAAGCAAACAUACUUACAUAUAUGUACAUAUAUAUUAAUGGCUUCGUUGGUGGGAUUGUGUAAUGUUUUUGUUGUGUAACCCACGCAUUUGAGCACGAUUUUUUUUUUACUAUUUUUGUGACUUAUGCAAUUUUACAUAGACAAAAUUGCCAAUAUUGAAGAAUUCAUAAAAACAACAACAAAUUGAUAAACAGCAACAAUAGCAGCUUGCAAGUAGUUUCGGGUGCGUGCAAAAUCUUAUAAAGCUACAAACUUACAUACAACUAAUUGAACAGCUGCUCAAAUAAAGUGAUUUAAGCUUGAAGUAUUUCUCGCAAAACUGUGCUUAUGUGUGAGUGUAUGUGUGGAAAUACGCGUAUUUUAUUAAUUGUGACAAAUUUUGUGUAAAACGUGAAGCUUGUGGCAAAAUAAGAAGCGAGUGAAAAAAUUGUUGCUUUAAUAAAUGCAAUUAUAUAAUAUGGAUUGUACUGGCCGUCGUUCGAAUCAAAGUGAACGUGAUCCAGAUUUAGGCGAAGAUUUGUCUCGUGACGUCGCAUCCGAUGAUGAUAUACGCGAUUGCGAUUCUAUCGAUGCCGAUCAUCAUGUAAUUCGUGCAACACGCCUGAAUGUCGCAACAUUGAAACGCCAACAUAGCAGCAACAGCAACAACAAAAACAGAAAUAUUCAUAGCAAUAAUCAUAAUAGCAAUAACAACAACAACAGCAACAAUACAUUUGUUGGUGAUAUGAGUUUUGGUGGCAACGCCGGCAGUGUCAGUCUUGGUGUUGGCAGUGGUAUGGGUGUGCGCAGUCCCGAUCAUCACGCUGAUCUUCAAAUGAGUCAUCAUCACCAGUUCCCCACAAAUCAUCCGCUAAAUGCGCUCAGCAAUUUCAUGGGCAUCGGCGGUCUACAUGGCAUUCCAAAUCUACCACACAACGAUGUCCUGGAGAAGUUAAAGAUGCAAGUUCGUGAUUUCAAGGAACAAGAUUAUGCGGCUGCUGCGCAUGCGGCUGCCUUUGGGCAAAACCUAUUACCCACCAGCUUAAAUCCCGCAUUCUCACUGCCGCCCACGUCGAUAGCACAGUUCGAGCAUCGUGCACAGAGCCUGGCCGCACAAGCGGGGGGCGGUGGCAGUGGUAUUGGUGGCAGCAUUGGCGUUGCCAAUGGCAAUUCACAGAAUUCACAACACACUGGUGGCAAUAAUGUGGGCGUGAGUGGAGCGUCGUGUCUGACGAAUGGUGGCAACGGUUUGCUUGGUGGUGCUAACGGUAGCGGCGGCGGCGGCCCGGGUAUGGGCAGUGGUGUCGGUGGCGUUGGUGGUGGUGGUGUUGGCGGUGCGAGUAGCGGUAAUGGCGGCUUCUCAUUCACCUCACCAACGGCGCCGAGCUCGAAGGACGUUAACCCCGCCUCAAAUUCUUCCACAUCCAGCGAAGCUUCCAGUUCUUCACAGCAAAAUAAUGCCUGGAGCUUCGAAGAGCAAUACAAGCAAGUUCGACAGCUUUACGAGAUCAACGAUGAUCCGAAAAGAAAAGAAUUUCUGGAUGACUUAUUUUCAUUCAUGCAAAAGAGAGGCACACCCAUCAAUCGUUUACCGAUAAUGGCGAAAUCCGUUUUGGACUUAUAUGAGCUAUAUAAUUUGGUUAUAGCGCGUGGCGGUCUUGUUGAUGUCAUCAACAAAAAAUUGUGGCAGGAAAUCAUUAAGGGUCUACAUUUGCCCUCAAGCAUAACAAGUGCCGCAUUCACAUUGAGAACACAAUACAUGAAAUAUCUUUACCCCUACGAAUGCGAUAAGAAGAAUCUGAGUACACCUGCUGAGCUGCAGGCGGCCAUUGACGGCAAUCGGCGCGAGGGUCGUCGCUCCAGCUAUGGCCAAUACGAGGCAAUGCAUGCUCAAUUGCAAAUGCCACAAAUUGGACGUCCACAGUUGCCCGGCGGCAUACAACAAAUGUCGCCAUUGGCGCUGGUCACACACGCCGCCAACAAUCAGCAAGUGCAAGCUGCGGCUGCAGCCGCCGCCGCACACCACAGACUGAUGGCGCCCUCCUUCGGUCAAAUGGGUCAAAUGCCGAACUUGGUGACGCACGAAUUGGAGCAGCGCAUGGUGGAAUAUAUUAAAUUGAUGCAGGUGAAGAAGGAGCAACAUAGCAACGCUGCUGCGGCGGCGGCGGUGGCGGCGGCAGCAGCGGCCGCUGGAGGCAAUGUGGCUGGUGUUGUGGGUGGCGAUGCUGCGGCUUUGGCGCGUCUUGGUGCGCCUGGCAGUAGCAAUGGUGCGCACGUCAAACAACAACAGCGUCAACGUUCAGCCAGCCCAGAGGCCGCCGCUCAUGAGGCGAUGAACGCUUUGGACAUUUCACGCGUCGCGCUUUGGCAAAUGUAUCACAACAACACCAGCCCGCCAGUGUCGAUGAACGCCUCACCACAGGGAAGUGGAGCGGGGAUUAUCGCCGGAGUAAACGCAAUGGGCGUGCCAAGCUUAAACGAGCAAAACAGUGAGGCUCUCAACCUUUCCGACUCACCGCCUAACAUUAACAACAUCAAACGCGAGCGUGAACACGAACAAUCGCCCGAACCGUGUGAUCGCGACGAUUUCCAUAAUCAAUCGCCGCCGGUGAAACGUAGCGCACUCAAUUUUCCAGCUGGUUUCUAUCUACCGUCGAGUAUGGCCGCAGCAGCCGCCGCGGCUGCCGCCAAUUUCCAUCAACAAAACAACAACAGCAACAAUCAUCUGCCACAAGACUCCGAUGGUGAGGACGGUGAGGAUGGCGAUGAUGACGCCGAUACGCACAACACCACCAACAACUCAAUGGCACAAGACGUAGAAUCCAAUCGCCCCGCGUUAAAUGGUCACCAUCAUCAGCAUCUGCAUCAUCAUCUGCAGCAACUUCACCACUUGCCACACAACCUACAAAUGCCGCAUCAUCAACAUCUCGUCAAGAACGCCAGCGGCAAUCAAGACAAGUCUGACGAUUCAGCCCUUGAAAAUUCUCCCUCGACUAGUGCGGCCUCGACCGGUGGCGUUGGUGCUGACAGCAGCAAUGGCAACAAUGCUUGUGGUGACAAUGCUAGCGGUCACAUUUCACCGGUAUCCACAAAGAAGAAACACCUGCCGAACCAGCAAAACAAUGGUGGCUCAACGGCCAUGGAUUGUAGCAGUAGUGGCGCCGGUCGUGCCCAAUCGAAUAGCCCCAGUUUAGGUGGCGUCGAAGAUGCGUUGAAUCUGUUGUCGGGCAUGCAAUUCCGUGUGUCACGUAACGGCACCAACGCUAACGGCGAACAACAGCUGGUCGUUAAUCUCGAACUGAAUGGCGUCAACUACUCGGGUGUGCUCAUUGCCAAUACCGCUAACAAUUCCAAUGACGCAUCACCCUCAAGCGCAGACCCUAAGCAAAAGACAAACGAAGACAAUGAAAACAACGAAUUGGUGGAUGCGACUGCAGAGGAAGCCAAAAAUGUGAGCGGCAGCGGUACCAGCGGCGCCGAUGGUGACAUCGAAGAUGAAGACAUGGCCGAUUUAGCCAGCACAACAAGCAACGACGAAGCUACACCCAGAAACAUGAGCAAAAAUGAAGGCAACGGUUUGUCGGUCAUCACCAAUAAGAAUGCGCUAAAUGAGAGUAACGUAAAUGAUGCCGUUAUGUCGGCGUCUUAGAUAAAAAAUAAGUGUAUAGGCUUUGGCAAGUUUUUGCUAAGGAGAGAAUUGAGUAGAAACAGAAACAGAAAAGAAAACUGAAACAGCAUUGGAAACAGAAACAGGUUUAGAAUCUGAAACUGAAGCAGAAACAUAUCUGAAGGGAACUGUUUAUGUCUGCUUGUAGCGCUGCAGUGCACACCACCGAGCAGCUGCAAAGCAAAAUGAAUUCCAAAACAUCCACUACACGCGCUUCGCUUGCCAGCUAGAGGCGAAGUGCCAGCUAAACGUGGAUAACUACAAAACAAUAAAAUUAAACUAGACGCAUAAGUUAAAUGUUUAGGCUAAGAUUUAGAAAAUUAUAAAGACGCAUAUAAUAAUUGUAAUUAUAGUAUUGCGCAAGUGAGUGAUGAGUUCGUUAUAAGCUAAUAGUGCCGAAAUAUAUUAGUGCUGUUGAUGUAGGUGCUGCAGCACCAAUUCCUAGAAACCCUAAAGUUAGAAUAAGAACACGAAGCCGUAUCUUUGUAAUCGUCACAGUAAUAACAGACUAACAGACCCAAAACAAGACUUUCUCAGGCGUACAGCCUUGUCAAACUAAAGCGCUUGGAAGCUUUCGUUUAUGCCUAAAGCUUAAUGAAGCGUAUCGGUGAAAGUUAGAGCUUUAGUAGCUACCAGAUUCCUGUCUAAACAGCAAAUGUAAAUAUCGACGUCUAUAAAUGGCUGCAAAUAAGAGUUGAACCUUAGUGCAUAUAGAACUUCUUUAUAUGAAAAUGUUAUAGAUAUAAUUGAAAACCGUUAAAAAUGCUUAAAUAGCACUUCAUUCAAACAAAGCGUAGAAAUGACCCGCGUACGCGCAUAAACUAUAAAAAAGAAUACCAAAGGAUAUCAUUUUUUAAACAUACAUAUGUACAUUCAUAAACCUACUUAUAAAAAUACUACUGAAGUCUUGAAGCAAGCUAAAAAUUGCUUCGGUAAUUGAGCACUAAUUAACUUAAGCUUUGAAAAUAAUUUAAUUAUAAACUCUGAGAACUUAGCUACUCGAAGAACAUAUUACUGUACAUUAAAGCAUCCUUAAAGUUUCUAAAAAAUAUAAUAAUAAUAAUAAUUUAGAUUUAAGCACUUUUUUGUUAUUUUUGUAUAACUUUGAAAACGCUUAUUUUUAUAAUUUGAUUUUUUUCACAUUGUUUUGGUUUUUAUUUAUAAAAAAAAAUAAUAGUAAAUGUAAUUGCUACCUAUUACCAUAAAUAAAUUUAAGCUAAGAGUUAAGAAAGUGCAUGUGAACACAACAAAUAUGCAUACAUAACUAAUUGUAGGUUAGAACUAAGAUUAAGCAAUAAAAAGAUCACAAAAAAAAAACAACUCUACCCUUAAGAUUUCGUCACAUGUAGUACAUACACACAUAUGUAUUUAUGAUAAAAGCGAAUGAAACCGCUUUGAAGUAAAUUUAGAAAAUGAAUUUCAUUACAAAAUAGCAAGUUUAUUUGCAGUUAAUUUAUUUUCAAUAAGAACAUGUUCAUUCCCGCUGUGCUAAAAGGUGAAUAAUAUUUAUAAAUGCUAGAAACAUACACAUACAUAAGUUACUAUGAUUAUCUAUAUUAUUUUAAAAUAAAGUAAUAAAAUAUUAGCAAACA